UCCAAGAUUACAGCAGGUUUUGUGGGAGUGGAGAGAGUCUCGAGCGGGAAAAUGGAAACGGGUUUCGUCGAGUGUUUGUUAUGAAGAUAUUUACAAACAGUAGAGGCCUUUAACGCAGUGUUGUGUUUUUAGUUUAGUGUUUUAGUCAAGGAACACUUAUAAGUAAUGCUGCUAUAUGUUAGCGGUAUAACUAGCUGGUUUAGCCGGGUUUAGGGCUGUAACCGUUAGUAUAAACUCCAUGAUGAAGCACGAAUCUUUCUCCAGGUGUAAGGACAGAGAUUCAAAACUGGACGGACAUAAUAGUGCAACAUCUAAAAGCAAAAUUAAACCCAAGUGUGAUGCCCUUCAGAACAAACCUUUUAAAGGGAGAAUAUUUUACUUGGAUCUGCCAUGGACUAUGAAAACACAACUCUUGGAAAAUGACAUCAAAACACUUGGUGGUACAGUGGAAAAGUUCUUCAGCAAGGAGAUCAAGUAUCUUGUGUCCAGUAAGCCGGAGGCUCGUUAUGCUCAGCGUCUCCUGCCGGACUCUCCUGCUCCCAGUCCAGAUUCAGGCGUCAGCUCUCCUCAUCCCAGCAGCAGGAGGGAAAGUCAUGGGCACAGGGGCAGCUCUCAGGGAGUCACAGAUACGGCAGCUGUAAGUCGAGGCAAAUCACUUGUGGAGAGAGUCGUUAAAGAACAAGAGCGUGUUCAGAUGAAUGGGAUCUUGGCAAAUGCUGUGGAAUGGGGGGUCAAAGUCCUACAUGUUGACGAUGUUAUUUCAUAUGUUGACAAGAAGAAAUCAAAAAUCAUUGCAGUGAAUGCAGCUAAUCCAGUGGUGAAAGGAGCAGCCAGCAUUCAGCACACAGAGAAAAAUCUAUAUCACAGACACAAUGCUGGAAGAAUUCGUCGACCAUUUGUGAAAGUAGAAGACUCAAGCAGGCAUUAUCGUCCCAUCUACCUUCCCCUGUCCAACAUGCCUGUGUGCAACGUCCGGUCUCUUCCACCCUGCAGUCCGUUCCUGUUGGAUGAACAUGGAAAGGAUGAUCCAAAGAAGAGACACAAAGAGCAAAGGUCUGGAGGGGAACGAGGAGCUCGAGGAAAGAAAGAGAGGCGCAGAGGACAUGAAGGGAGAGAAAAGAGGAAAGGAGGGUACUGUGAGUGCUGUGAGGUCAAAUUCGACAACCUAAAGGUGCACCUGGAGAGCAAGCAGCAUCAGGCUUUCUCUAAGAGUGAGGAGUACGGUGUUGUAGAUCGAAUCACUGCAGGACUGACCUGCGACCUUAUUAACAUUGGCACGCACUGCAGAAGGGUGAAAUGCAGUACAUCAACCCCUGUUCUGUGUGCUGGAGCCAUGUUGCCGGUAAAAGAAGAUGUGGGACCUGUGAAUGGUGGUUGGAUACAGGAAAGCGAGGGGUUUUUGCUUUGGAGCUCUACAGCAAAGCUACCUUUUUCGGAACAGACCAGAGAAAAACCUCUGUCGGUUCGCAAACGCAGCAGGGGCCAGUGUGAAUUCCCUCAGAGCAACAGGGACAGCUUGUUAGACCAAGCCGACAUUCCGGAGAAGUCCCAGUCUAAGCGUGGAUCCUUUGAGUGGGAAUUCCACUCGAGGAAAUCUGAAGCUGCAUCUCUUCUCAGCAGAGAGCAGAACUGUGACUCUAAUGCACAUGAAUGCAGGACAGACCAACAAACCAGGACAAACCCUGACAUGCACACAGCUCAACAGUUCAGUGAAAGAGACCGAGAAUCGUUAACAGGAAUUGAAUGCUUUAGGACUAACUGCUGUGAAGAUUAUUCACAAAGUAUUCCAGAAAAUCAAGUUGGAAACUCAGCUCUUUGGCCUUUAGCCUGCACAGAACCCGAACCGGACCUAGGCACACCCACUAAUUCACUGCAACGGAAGGUUCGGAAUGUCAGAUCCAGAAGAAGAACACAAGCACCAGCCUUGCACAUCGAAUCCAGUAAAGAGAGGGAAUCAUUGAGCUCUCUUUCACCUGUUAAACCUGUACAGGAGCGUGAGAACCCACCUGAUUCUCUCCUGGACCUGUGUCAGCUCUUUCAGUCCAGUGACAACAUGGAUGAAGACUUUAAGGGUUUUUGAGAUGAGUAAGAGGAAUUGAACACACAUGUAUGUGUUGUAAAAGUUACUAUGCCAAAUAAUAUAUAUUAAUAAAUCUGUUGUUCAUUAGUACAAUGGAAAACUGCAUUUUCACCAUACAGGCUUUAAAAGAAAACUCCUAGACUGAAAAUAUACCUACUGCCUUUAUACUGGAAGAAAUGAGUGGAUAUGCACAGUAUGUAAAUUUAUGGAGUGGAUGUGAUUGAAUGAUAUAACAGCAAGAGAUUGUCUUGAAAUUUUCUGGUUCCUGUAUUAAAUGGCAAAUAUUUUUUACAAUGGUUUAAGUAUUUGUUCGUAUUUUUGUGUCUGCACCAUG